AUGGACGACAUCGAAGAACCCACUGGCCCUACCCGCGAGGAGACUGCCCAGCGAGAACAAGAAGAGAAGGAGCGUAAGGCAAAGGAAGAGGCUGAACAGGCACUAUUACCCUACAAAUGGACACAGACUAUCGGCGAAGCAGAAGUCUCAAUCCCCGUGCCGGGUACAAUCAAGGGGAGGGAUUUGGAUGUUGUUCUCACAAAGACGAAGAUCAAGGUUGCUUUGAAAGGGCAGGCACCUAUUAUUGAGGGCGACUUCCCUCAUCCAAUCCAAGCAGAUGAUUCCACAUGGAUGCUUGAAACCACCCCCACAGGCAAACAAGUGACCAUCCACCUCGACAAAGUCAACAAGAUGGAAUGGUGGCCUCACAUCGUGACCAGCGCACCCAAAAUCGACAUCACAAAGAUCACGCCGGAGAAUUCAUCGCUGAGCGACUUGGAUGGUGAGACGAGGGCAAUGGUGGAGAAGAUGAUGUUUGAUCAGAGGCAGAAGGAGAUGGGGAAGCCGACGAGUGAUGAGCAGAGGAAGAUGGAUUUGUUUAAGAAGUUUCAGGAGGAACAUCCAGAAAUGGACUUUUCGAAUGCGAAGAUUGGUUGA